AUGACUUUCGAGGCAGGCACGCUUGAGAAUGAGUUCCGGCGAAAAUUUUCAGACCCCAGAGGAGCACAUUUGACCGAACUGCCGAAGGCCUACUUCAUGGAAGAUAUCCCAGGCAACAUCGCGGCCGGCAACCGCAUUUGGACUGGGUGGUGGGGGGAGGAUACACUUCCUGGUGCCGACGGCACCGGAAGCGCCUUGAACACCUUCUGUAUGUGCAAUAUCGAAAUCUGCCUAGAUGAAUGA